GCAUGCCGAGCAGAGAAAACAUUGUCGCUGGCAGUCAACUAUGUUUUGAGCAUGAAGCGCAGACUGGAUGAGCCUGAGGCGGCUGCCUUUCCUCCCCAGCCGCGGCGAAUUACUGAAGCAUUCACUCACCAGCAUCGUGUCCUUGCUCCAGCGCCUCCUGCCUAUGAACCACCGUCCGAUGCCAUGCAGCCUACCACUGGCAUACAAUACUCUGUGGCCCCUGGAUACCAGGUAUCAGCAGUGCCUCAAAAUGCUGGCAGCCAUGGGCCAGCAGCACUUGCUGCAGUGCACGGGGGACAUCACCACAGCACCCCUGUACCAGGUCAUGGAGGACCUGGAGUACAAAGUCAUGCCCAUUCCACCCCACCAACAGCACCAGCACAGGGACAGCAGUUCCAGAGGCUGAAGGUGGAAGAUGCAUUAUCUUACUUGGAUCAAGUGAAGCUGCAGUUUGGCAGUCAGCCUCAAGUGUACAAUGAUUUCUUGGAUAUCAUGAAGGAGUUCAAGUCUCAGAGUAUUGAUACGCCUGGUGUUAUCAGCCGUGUAUCUCAGCUCUUUAAAGGCCACCCAGACCUUAUUAUGGGGUUUAAUACUUUCCUGCCUCCAGGAUACAAAAUUGAGGUGCAGACAAAUGACCUGGUGAAUGUCACUACACCUGGCCAGGUCCACCAAAUUACUACUCAUGGUCUACAGCCCUCUGUGCCACCAGCUCCUCCUCCUCCUGCACAGCCAGCUGCACAGACAGCCCCUACUCCAGCACAUCCUGCUCCGCAACCUACCCCAGCCAAGAUAAAUAAGCCACUGCCUUCUCAAGCCCACACCCCCACAAAUCAGCAGAACACCCCAAUCCAAUAUCCAUCUCCUCGCUCACCACCAGCUCAGCCACACACCCCAGUCCCUUUACCACACGCCACUCCCACUGCAACUGCAACUACUCCCACCAUGCAGAAUAACCAGCCUGUGGAGUUCAACCAUGCCAUCAACUAUGUGAACAAAAUAAAGAACCGCUUCCAGGGCCAACCAGACAUAUACAAGGCUUUUCUGGAAAUCCUGCAUACGUACCAGAAGGAGCAACGGAAUGCUAAAGAGGCUGGGGGGAACUACACUCCAGCCCUAACAGAGCAAGAAGUUUAUGCCCAGGUGGCACGGCUCUUCAAAAAUCAAGAAGAUUUGCUUUCAGAAUUUGGCCAGUUUCUGCCAGAUGCCAACAGUUCUGUGCUCUUGAGCAAGACUACAGCAGAAAAAGUGGAAUCUGUAAGGAAUGACCAUGGUGGCACUGUAAAGAAACCACAGCUGAACAAUAAACAGAGGCCUAACCAAAACGGCUGUCAGAAUCGCAGGCAUUCUGGUCCUGGUGCAACGCCACCUGUCAAGAAAAAACCCAAAAUCCUUAUACCAAAAGACCAAUCAUUGACUGAUGCCAGCAAACAUGGAGCAGGGGCUGAGUCACUCUUUUUUGAUAAGGUACGGAAAGCUUUGCGAAGUACAGAAGUAUAUGACAAUUUUUUGCGUUGUCUGGUCAUAUUUAACCAGGAGGUAAUUUCCCGGGCAGAGCUAGUGCAGCUGGUAUCUCCUUUCCUUGCGAAGUUCCCAGAAUUAUUUACAUGGUUUAAAAAUUUUCUGGGGUACAAGGAAUCUGCUCACAUGGAAAACUUUCCUAAAGAGCGUUCAACAGAGGGUAUUGCAAUGGAAAUAGACUAUGCCUCUUGCAAGCGCCUCGGUUCUAGCUACCGGGCUUUGCCGAAAAGCUUCCAACAACCCAAAUGCACAGGCAGGACUCCACUCUGCAAGGAGGUCCUAAAUGACACUUGGGUGUCCUUUCCUUCCUGGUCAGAAGACUCAACUUUUGUAAGCUCAAAAAAGACACAGUAUGAGGAACACAUUUAUCGUUGUGAGGAUGAACGGUUUGAGUUGGACGUGGUGCUGGAGACUAACCUAGCCACAAUCCGUGUGCUGGAGAGUAUUCAGAAGAAGUUGUCACGGCUUUCUGCUGAAGACCAGGCCAAAUUCCGUCUGGACAACACUUUAGGUGGAACAUCAGAGGUCAUCCACCGUAAGGCUCUGCAGAGGAUAUAUGCAGACAAAGCAGCUGACAUAAUUGAUGGCCUAAAGAAGAACCCAGCUGUAGCUGUUCCAAUUGUACUAAAAAGGUUGAAGGUUAAGGAGGAGGAGUGGCGAGAGGCCCAACGUGGCUUCAACAAAGUUUGGCGGGAACAGAAUGAGAAAUACUACUUGAAAUCUUUGGACCACCAAGGAAUCAACUACAAGCAGAUUGAUACCAAGGUGCUACGUUCCAAGAGUUUACUAAACGAGAUUGAGGGCAUCUAUGAUGAGCGGCAGGAACAAGCAUCCGAAGAUAAUUCUGGAAUCCCCACUGGGCCCCAUCUUACCCUGAUGUAUGAGGACAAGCAGAUUCUAGAAGAUGCUGCCUCUCUCAUCAUCCACCAUGUGAAGCGACAGGCUGGUAUACAAAAGGAGGACAAGUACAAGAUUAAACAAAUAAUCUAUCACUUCAUACCAGAUCUUCUCUUCUCAGAGCGUGGAGAACUUUCAGAUAUAGAGGAAGAGGAGGAGGAGGAGGCACCUGAAACUGAAGAAGGGGUUUUAAAAAAGCACAAUGGGGUGGGUGGUAAUGGGGGGAGUAGUCCCCCGAAAGCCAAGCUGAUGUUUGGAAACACAGCAGCACAAAAACUGCGAGGGGUAGAGGACGCAUACAAUCUUUUCUAUGUAAACAACAACUGGUACAUCUUUCUACGCCUGCACCAGAUUCUUUGCUCUCGCCUUCUGCGCAUUUACAGCCAGGCAGAAAGGCAGGUGGAAGAAGAGUUGAGAGAAAGGGAGUGGGAGCGAGAGGUACUGGGCCUUAAAAGGGACAAGAAUGACAGCCCUGCCAUCCAGCUU